AUGAGGUCCCCACUCAGUUAUCUUUUCUUGAGACUGAACAGGCCCAACUCUCCCAGCCUAUCCUUGAGUGUGCACGAACGUGUAAGCCAGGGACUUCAACUAGGGAACACAGCCCCAGACGCACAGCUUCCAUUAGUGGCUAAAGAGCACCACCUUGCUGUCGCCAGUGCUCUCUGGAGAAAUUUCUUUCCGUACUUGAAGAGCCAAAGAAUGUCACAGAUGCCGCCUUCCCCUCAGCUUGCUGAUACAGCUGCAGGUUUUACUCUCUUAGCUUUGGAUAUACCCAGCAAAGCCCUAUCAGAUCUCCAGCCACAGCCUGUUCUAUCAAUGAUGCAGCUGUUUGGAUGGGAUGACAUGGUGUGGCCUCAGCUGGUGUCAAGAUAUCUAAGUCAUCUAAUUCAAAACAGUUCACUGCGUGAAGCUUUUUCUAGUAUGGGAUAUACAUCCUAUGAAGCUCUGACAGUGCGUUCUUGGUUUCGAUGCAUUUUGCAAAUGUUCAUAGAUCAACCAAGUGGUGUUCUGGCCAAGACAGAUGCUGAGCGAACAGUUGGGAAAGCCUAUAUGGAGCAGCUGACUGAAAUGACAAGACUGAUUUUUAAACUCUCAGAAGUAGAAAAAAUUCUUUCAAAGGCUCAUGUUGAAGAAUCAGUUUUCAAGCAAGACCCAAAAUAUGCUCUUGUCCAGUUCAUUAAGGCUGUUGGUAGAACUUACAGUGGCCUUCAGACACUCCCUGAGAAAUCUACCAUGGUAGCAAAGACUCUAGAGUAUUUAGGUGAUGUAUUAAAGUAUGUAAAACCUUACCUGAAGGUAAAAGGACCUCCAGAAGGUCUGCAGCUUACAUAUUGGAUCAUAGGAUGUCUGGUAAAGUUCUGGGCACCAAUACUGGCUACCUCCAAGGCACAGCAACUCUUGUUUCGCAUUGUGGAUUGCUUAUUGCUGCCACACUCUGUGCUUCAGCAGGACAAAGAACUGCCUGUGGCUUUGCUGUCUGCCAUUCAGGAAAGCCUGCCUCUUUAUCUUCAGGGCCUGUCCUUCAUAUGCUGUCAGUCUCAAACACAGGGUGCCUAUUUAAAUCAACUCCUUGGGAGCAUUAUUCGACACUAUUUUGGACGAUUUCUCCCUUCUUCUCCGACUGUGCCUGGUACUGGACAGCAUCCUAUGCUGACUGCUUUAUGCAGUUCCAUUACAGCCCCACAGAUGCUCCGUCUACGGAAGACCACUUUGCAUGUCAUAAGUGAAAACUACAUGCAGUUCAAAGGCAGUGCUCCACCUCCUCGCUUGGCCUCCGUUCUUGCUUUCAUUCUUGAAGUACUUCAGAGAACCCAGAGCACUGAACUAUGUGACAUUGAAUUAGUUCUCCCAUCUGUGUUGAAAUGCAUGGUAUUGGUUAAUGAGCUACAAGUUAAAAAAAUAUCUACAGACAUUGUACAGAACGUGGUAGAAGGCUGCCAAGCAGGGUCAGGAGGAGAACAUGCCACCCAGCUGACUUCUGUAUUUAGGCAGUUUAUCCAGGAUUAUACCGCUGUCUAUGAUCACCGGGUUUUCAGCAUACUAGAAACAGUGGCAGUCUUGGAUCAGAUGUUAGUUACCAGCCUGAUUCCCACAAUCACACAGUCUCUGAAGGAUUUGGAGUACAAACAAGGUCUUGGAAGAAAUGCUGCACAGAGAGAAGCCUAUAAAAGACUCUUAUCUUACCUCGCAGAGGCUGGACAAAAUGAGAUACAAAAACUGGAAAAUGAGACAGAUGAGUAGUGUGCUGGUGAUUAAUUCUUUCCUCUUGGAUGUUGUGACACUGUCAAUACCUAAAACUAUACUCUACGACACAGUAGACAAGUUCUUUAUCUUACAAUGGAAAUACAUUUAUCAAUUUUGUGGUUGUUUUUUUCCCCCAGUUUAUGUAUUAAUUUUAAAAAUUUCUGUGGUAUUUAAUAUUGUCAUGCAUCUGAAGAUUAACUCAAUAUACUGAUGGAUGGUGACUGAAAGAUACAGCUAAUUUAUUACAUAUUUAAAUGUCUGUAUGAACAGAGCCUCUCUUGCAACAUACAAGACAGGAUUUCAAAGAAUUAAUUUCACAACUCAGUUCACAUUGAGACCUGUCCCUCUUAACAGUGUACUUUCAAAAAUCUUAUUCAGUCUGUCCAUAAGAAAAUCUUAACUUUGUACUUCCUAAUUUAUUAUUUUAGCAGAAUAAGAAAAACCUGUGCUCUCUAGUACUGAACUUGUUGAAUGCAGUGUAUUCACUGGGAGUUCUGCCAGUAUGAUGAUGUUGAUGUUGUGCCAGUAUAGUGUUGUUAAGAGAGAGCUUGUGCUUAUGUUGCACAGAAUGUAUAUAGUUGUCUUAACCUUCCACCUGUAUUAAAACACUUAAAUCUUUCAGAUUCCAGUGUAAAAUCUCUCUGUUGUCUUUGUGGGUAAUAUAAGAAAAGGUAGGUUCAGAUUUCCCAUUCUCUCCCUUUUCAAUACUAUGUUCUUAAAAUUAAUCCAUAAUUUCCAGGGAUCCUAUGAUCUUUUCAUUAGCCAUGACACUGUUAAUUAUCCACUUAACUUAGACUAAGCGUGAGGGAAAAAGAAGAGAGGAUAAACUUCUAAUGGAAA